GCGAAGACUUGGACUGCAACAAAAUGGCGGACUGAAUACUGUAGCUUCCUGAAGAGGUUUCUCAUUUUACGAUCGAACUGUGAUAUAGAUUCUCAAAUACGGACUUUUAACUCAAGCCCACAUAACGGAAGUUGAGUUUGGAGCGAUGGCGUGUUACCUGAAGUGAAGAUUGAAGACGUUGUAGAAGAUGGACGACUCCUGCUAUGCUAAGAUGGCGACGUCAUGUAAAAGAGAACAUGAAAGAGAAUCUUCUAGCAAAUCUGAAGACGUCCAGCAGCUGAUUGCUCAUCCAGAAGAACGUUCUCCUCUGCUGCAUGGGGAGACAUCCACUUUGAAGCAGGAGGCUUCACAGCCCCCUCACAUUAAAGAGGAAGAGGAGGAACGCUGGAUCACUCAGGAGGGAGCGUGUCUUGUAGGGCCGGAGGAGGGAGCUGAUCUCACCAAGUUGCCACUGACUGGUGUCUCUGUGAAGAAUGAAGAUGAUGAAGAGAAACCACAAGCAGAGCACCUCUUAGCUCCACAGUCAGAAAGUGAGCAUGAGGACGAGGUUGAAGUAACUUUGAGCAGCGAUACAGACUGUGAAGGUGUUUGGAACCACAAACGCUCUGAACGUUCUGAAAAGAAGAGAGACGUCCGGCAGCUGAUUGGUCAUGCAGAAGAACUUCCCUCUCAGCCAGAGCGUCCACGGCCCCCCCACAUUAAAGAGGAAGAGGAGGAACUCUGGAUAACGGAGGAAGCUGAUCUCACCAAGUUGCCGCUGACGGUUGUCUCUGUGAAGACUGAAGAACAUGAGGAGAAACCGCAACAAGACAACCUCUUAGCUCCUGUAUCAGAUAGCGAGGCUGAAGACGAGGUUGAAGAACCUUUGAGCAGCGAUACAGACUGUGAAGGGGAUAUGAGGACUCACACUGACAACAAACACUCUAAAAAGAAGAGAGGUAAAAAAUGUUUGCGCUGCUCAGUUUGUGCUAAAAGCUUUACUAAAAAGUGCAAUUUGACUGAACACAUGAGAAUUCACACUGGAGAAAAAACGUUUGAUUGUUCAGAUUGCUCGAAAAGCUUUUCCGUCAAGAAACAUUUGAUUCAACACAUGCGAACGCACACCGGAGAAAAACCUUUUAAUUGUUCAGUUUGUGGUAAAGGCUUCACUCAAACGGGCAGUUUGACUCAACACGUGAGAAUUCACACGGGAGAAAAACCGUUUCAUUGUUCAGAUUGCCCUAAAAGCUUUUCCCUCAAGACACAUUUGAUUCAACACAUGCGAACGCACACCGGAGAAAAACCUUUUAAUUGUUCAGUUUGUGGUAAAGGCUUCACUCAAACGGGCAGUUUGACUCAACACAUGACAACACACACGGGUGAAAAACGAUUCACUUGUUCAGUUUGUGGUAAAAGAUUUUCUCAAAAGAGCGAUUUGACUGGACACAUGAGAACACACACAGGAGAGAAACCAUUUAAUUGUUCAGUUUGUAGGCAAGAUUUUUCUCAUAAAUCCCACUUGACAUCACAUAUGAGAAUACACACAGGAGAGAAACCAUUUAAUUGUGUAGUUUGUGGUAAAAAUAUUGCUCAUAAGAGUCAGUUGACAGCGCACAUGAGAAUGCAUACAGGAGAGAAACCCUUUAAUUGUUCAAUCUGCGGUCGACAUUUUUCUCUAAAGACCCAUUUGACAGCACAUAUGAGAACGCACACGGGAGAAAAACCAUUUAAUUGCUCAAUUUGCGGGCAGAAUUAUUCUCAGCAGUCCCACUUGACAGCACACAUUAGAACCCACACCGGAGAGAAACCAUUUAGUUGUUCAGUCUGCGGUAAAUGCUUUUCUCAAAAGGGCACUCUGACGGAACACACGAAAAUUCACACGGAAGAAAGACCAUUCAGUUGUUCAAUAUGCGGCAAAGCUUUCGCUUCAAAGAUCUGUUUAACCAAACACAUGGCAACUCACGCAGCAGACCAAAACUUUAACUGUUCAGUUUGCAGUAAAAACUUUUCUCACAAGAAAAGCUUGACUCGCCACAUGAGCACACACACAGGAGGUAAAACAUUCAAUUGUUCAGUUUGUGGCAAAAGCUUUUCUUACAACAGCAGUUUGACGCGACACAUGAGAACGCACGCAGCAGAUACAAGACUUGACAUGAUGGAUUAGAUAGAUUCAUUUUAGUCAGGUCAGUUCAUUUUAUUCCAUUCCUAACAUGCAUGCCAGAUUACAUUUGUGCACGAACUCAGGUUGACAGUUUUUCAUUUCAACACGUCCGAAACAGAGUAGGAAGAAGCAGAGCUCAGUAAAUCCCACCCCUUCUCAACUUCACAACAAUUCUCAGAACAAUAUAAAUCUAAAGUUGCAGGACUUCUUAAACUGUGUUGACUCUCUCCAGGCUUGAACAAUUUCCUGGCCACACGUUGGAAGCGUGUGAUUGUGUGCCUUAAACAUGACAACCGCUGGGUUUGGCUCCACUAGGUCGGGACAUUUCAAGGUGUUGUUUGAUGAAAAGUGGAUUUGUCGGUGCGUCAUAAUAGUCUGCUGGGUUGACAAUUCUAAUGGCUUUCUUUUGGAGCAAAAUGAUGCUAUCAAUAUUUGAUAUCUACCGUAUUUUCCGCACUAUUAGCCGCACCUAAAAACCACAAAUUUACUCAAAAGCUGACAGUGCGGCUUAUAACCCGGUGCGCUUUAUAUAUGGAUUAAUAUUAAGAUUCAUUUUCAUAAAGUUUAGGUCUCGCAACUACGGUAA